GUCAAACCGAAUCGUGCCAUCUUCAAAUAGGUUGAGCAAACGAUUUAUUUUUCUAUUCACCAUUUCAUUGUCCUUCACAUAUUUAUGCUACAGCAUACUGUUUUGUUGUGGUACAAUCAUGCCAACCCAGAGUUAUGAGGAGAAAAAGUGCCUCCAUCACAAGAACGUAGGAAGCAUAAAACUUCUGCAAAAAGAUUGCACCGCGGACAGGAGGACUGCUCUGGAUGAGACUUUAAACGUGGCACUCACUCACCAAGGAUCAAGUAAUGCUCGCAACCAAAGUAGAAAUUCUGCCUUGCCCAUCACUCACAAACGGAGUGUUGCCCCAUCCGAAUAUAAUAUUACUGUUGCACAGAAAUAUGGAAACAAAAAGUUACCCAACGCACUAAUCGUCGGGGUGAAGAAGGGCGGCACCAGGGCGGUGCUGGAGUUCAUUCGAAUUCAUCCAGAUGUGCGCGCGCUUGGAACAGAGCCCCACUUUUUCGAUAGAAACUACGACAGAGGAUUGGACUGGUACAGAGGACUAAUGCCACGGACUCUAGACAGCCAAAUCACCUUGGAGAAAACCCCCAGCUACUUUGUGACAAGAGAGGCUCCCAGACGCAUCGCCAGCAUGUCCCCCAACACCAAGCUGAUCGUGGUGGUGCGUAACCCAGUCACCAGGGCCAUCUCAGACUACACACAGACUCUGUCCAAGAAGCCGGACAUCCCCACCUUCGAGGAGCUGGCCUUCCAGAACCGUAGCCAGGGUCUGGUAGACACCUCAUGGAACGCUAUCCGCAUAGGGAUGUACAUCCUCCACCUAGAGAACUGGCUGCAGUACUUUCGCCUCUCCCAGAUCCACUUUGUGAGCGGCGAGCGGCUGAUCACGGACCCGGCAGGGGAGCUGGGCCGCGUCCAGGACUUCUUGGGUCUCAAACGCAUCAUCACAGACAAGCACUUCUACUUUAACCGAACCAAAGGCUUCCCUUGCCUGAAGAAGCCAGAGAGCAGCAGCCAGCCCCGCUGCCUGGGCAAGUCCAAGGGCAGAACUCACGUGCAGAUCGACCGGGAGGUCAUUGAGCAGCUCCGGGACUUUUAUAGGCCUUUCAAUAUCAAAUUCUAUGAGAUGGUGGGGCAAGACUUUAGGUGGGAUUGAGAAUCUGAUUAUAAAAAUAACCAGGUGAUAUGUGCUUACUGAAAUGGAUACCUCAGUGGAGUCAUUCGAAUGAGGAGACCUUAAAGUAAAUCCAAUUUCUCUUCAUGUUUGAAAAUACAGUGCAAGUUUAACAAGGUGUGUGUAAUCUGCCACUAACGUUAAGACCUUUGGUAUAAUUUCCUAGUUGCUACUUUAACAUCAUGCCGGUUUUGUUAACCAAAUAAAAGAGAAAGAUAUGCUGCCAUGCCAUUUCAUCUCACAAUUAGUAUUCGUCAUCAACUAAAUUGUGCUUCUUCACAAAGGCCUGUUACUUUUACAACACUGUGCCAUGUCAAUCGUUACAACUCA